AUGUCCUCGCUAAAGGCGCCUUAUACUAACACCAUUGUCUUAUUAACGAUCGGUUGGUAUGUCUGGAACUGCAACACCAGUGUCUAUUCUGGUGUCCAGAGCAGCGAGAACGGUAAUGGCAGCAAUGCUACCAAUCUCGAUAAGACCUUCCUGCGCGGUAUCCAGAAGACUGAUGCCGAUGGUGUGGUUCAGUUCAAAAUUAUCUUCCCUGGUCACUACGGUGGCCGCACUACCUACCUCCAUGUCGGUGCCGAGGAGCAGACAGAUAAACCAUAUCUGGCGGAUCUGAUCACCCAGGUUGAGAAGACCUACCCCUGCAACACUAGCACGGUUUCCAUCACCGAGAAUGCGGAUGACCACGUCGUGAUCGCUGAGACCACGGGCAGCAACGCCGAUCCCUUCUUCGAAUACGCUCUACUUGGUGAAACGGUUGAGGAUGAUCUCUUUGAAUUACCAUGGGUGUCAAUGCCUCUGCCAGCUAUGAUGCUUCUAGUGCUGCUACUCUGA